CGCAGCUGGAAGGGGCUCGCUGGAGGCCCUGCGGGGGGCGGGGCCGUGCCGGGCGGGGUGGGGAGGGGGCGGGGCCGCACCGAGGGCGGAUCCGAGGGGCGCCAGGGACCCGGAGCCGCAGCCCACCAAGAGCGCCGCUUUUCGGGGACCGGCCCGCGGGCAUGUGCGCCCCUCGGCGGGUCCUUGCGCGCUGUCCAGACCCCAGAUCGGUGGGCUCUCUGGCCCGGGAGCCCGGUGCCCGCGCCUGGAGGUCGGCACUGUCCUGGGGACGCCGCAGAGCCUACUUGUUGGGUGCAAGGGAUGGUGACCUGCCAGUCAACAAGCGGAGCCCGCCUUUGAGCCUGAGCUGGAGACCCCGCCCCUGGGUGCUUCCCCCUCCACGCCUUUCUGUCCUUUCUCGGAGCUGUAAGAAGCUUGGUGCGGAGGCUGCUGGCCCUGGCGUCUGUAAGAAGAUGUCAUACGGAUCCAUUGCUGGCGGAGGUGGCCUGGGGAGCCGUGGCCCUGUCGGGGGACCCUCAAGACAAGGCUAUCAGCCCCUAGAGUGCGCUAGAUGUUGGACCGAGUAUGGAAUCCGUCAUUUCCCCUGCCCAUCGCCAGAGAGCAAGCUGCAGAACCCCUGUUUGGGGAAGGAUGGGGAAGGUGACCUGGGGCCAGCGGGCAUACCCAUUGUCCUGAGGGCCAGGAAGCGAGGGCCUGGGCUUGCCCCUGAAGGCAGCCGGAUGCCGGAGCCCACAUCAUCACCCACCACCGGCCCGAGGAAGGACCUGGCAGCUGGGCCCCGUGGCCGGAUGGUGGGGCCCGGCGCUACCCGGGCCAAGAAGAGGAAGCCCAACUUCUGCCCGCAGGAGACCGAGGUGCUGGUGUCCAAGGUGAGCAAGCACCACCAGCUGCUGUUCGGCACGGGGCUGCUGAGAGCCGAGCCCACCCGCAGGUACCGCGUGUGGAGCCGCAUCCUGCAGGCCGUGAAUGCUCUGGGCUACUGCCGCCGCGACCUGGUGGACCUGAAGCACAAGUGGCGGGACCUGCGGGCCGUGGUGCGGCGCAAGCUGGGCGACCUCCGGAAGGCGGCCCACAGCCCCGGCCUGAGCUCCGGCAAGCCACAGGCCCUGGCCCUCACGCCCGUGGAGCAGGUGGUGGCCAAGACCUUCUCCUGCCAGGCCCUGGCCUCUGAGGGCUUCGGGCUGGAGCCACACAGAGCCACCCAGGCCGAUCCACGAGACCUUCAGGAGCUGUUCCAGGAGACGUCGGCCAACGUCUUCCAAAUCAACUUAAGUGUGACCUCCUUGGAGCGGAGCCUUCGGUCCCUAGGGACACCGAGUGACACGCAAGAGCUUCGGGACAGCCUGCACACGGCGCAGCAGGAGACUAACAAGACCAUCGCAUCCAGCGCCGGCUCCGUGAAGCAGAUGGCUGAGCUGCUGCACAGCUCCUGCCCGGAGCAUUCUCAGCUGGACCAGCUGAAAGCCCAGCUCUCAGAUGCCAUUCAGCGCUACGGAGUGGUACAGAAGAAAAUUGCAGAAAAGUCCAGAGCACUGCUUCCCGUGGCUCCGAGGGGCAGUAAACAGAGUCCCCAGGCCCCGUUUGCCGAGCUGGCUGAUGAUGAGAAGAUCUUUAAUGGGAGUGACAACGUAUGGCAGGGCCAGGAGCAGGCACUGCUCCCGGACAUCACUGAGGAGGACCUGGAGGCUGUCCAGCUGCGGGAGGAGGCCAUCCUGCAGAUGGAGAGCAACUUGCUGGAUGUGAAUCAGAUCAUCAAGGACUUGGCCUCCAUGGCAUCGGAGCAAGGAGAAGCUGUCGAUAGUAUUGAAUCCAGCCUUGAGGCUGUGUUUGCAGCCUGCCAGCUCCUGGCUGGAGCCAGCCGGCCCCAAGUAAGUUUGUGACAGGGCUGAGAGGGCCCUCCGUCCCCUGUCCUCUAGGCCUCCCUGCAUCUGUGAGGGGGGCCCAGGCCCUGCCCUGUGCCCAGGAGGGGUCUGCCUACAGGCCUCCCAGAACCAGCCUGCUGCUCAGGCCCUGGGGGCUCUGGGAGUCAUGGGUCCACGGCCACAGGGGUCUGUGUGGUACCCGUGGUGGUCAGCACCAUCUCCUCUCGUCUCCACUGCGCCGCCCUCUCCCGUGGAUCCCGGCGUAGUAGGGGAGGGUCCUUGGGGCCUUCCUGCUCCACCUCCCAUGCCAGCUGCUGGCAUAUGGCAUGGUGUCCUUCCUGGGUCUGGGGACUAUGGAGGGGACUUUGUGAUUGGGGCAGGUCAGUGGCUCAGAGGGAACAAGAAGAAGCUCAGGCCUUUGUUUUCUUGAAAUGGGACUUGGAGCCGUCUUGAGGACCAGCCACUCACUGGGCCUUGUUGCUGACUUGUGGUCACCCCAGGAGGACCUGACAGGUCAGGCUGGCUGGGGAACACGGCCCAGCUGGGAUGGAGGCCUGGCCACCGUCUUUCCCUCACUGUCUCUGUUCACACUAUGGCCGGGUGCUCCUAGCUAGCCCUGACAGGCAGAGGUGACCAUGCAGAGCCUGUUAAGGAGUAACCAGGAGCCAGGCAGGCUGGACGUUCAGUAAGGUGAGGGUGGCAUGGGCCACUGUGGGAACGCAGAAGAGGCCCCUGGGCCAUCAGGCUGGGACAGCGCAUGCUCUUGACAGGAGCAGGGGCAGUGCUGGCAGAUGUGAUGGUGCGCUAAGUGUGAGGUCGGGGUUUGGGAGCAGCCAGGUCAGCAGGUGCGACGAGGUGGGAGCCAUGUCCUGGGAAAUCAUGGCUGUGACUGCAGAGCAUCCUCGGCUGCUUCACAGGUGUGAGAGGAAGGGGGGCCGCAGCCAGAACCAUGCAGGGACACGAGUGGGUAGAGAUGCGGGGGAAAGGCCAGAGCCGCCUUGAGUUCCCAUUGGAGGCCCAAUGCAGGCACCCCUACCGGGGGAGUGUGUGGUAAUGGGGAGGUUGAGCCCCUCCCCAUUUCUCUGUCAGGGGCCAUUAGCUUCAGAAGGUCGGGGUCACUGAGGGUCCGCCCCUGGUGACAGCUAGUGAAAGCCAGGCUGGGAGACCUGGGAGAGGCUGUGCCAAGGUCAUCCACAGGAUCAGGGCAGAGGCAGGGCUGGGGCUGGGUCUCCUGGCACCAGCUCCGGGCUCUUUGGCCUCAGCCCCCAGCCUGCCAUCUCCUAGCUGCUGAGGGCAGCUAGGCCCAGGGUCCUUCAGGAAGAGGAAGGUGUAGGCUCUGGUGAUGGGCAGCAGACUCGCCAGAAACUCAGGGCCACAGCACGCAGAGGACCUCAUCCCAAGAGGAAGGCAGCCAGCUGGCAAGAUGACCCCUCCCGAGCACCCUGGGACCACCUGGUCAGAAGCAGCACCCAUGCCUGGGACGGCAGGAGGAUGAUGGGACAGUGAGGAAGAGGAGGAGGAGGAAGAGGAGAAGGAGGAAGAGGAGGAGGAAAGGAGGGUGGUGGCAACUGGGCCAGCCACCUGUGCAACGGACACCCUGCCACGUUCCCAGUGAGCCUGUGGGCUCAGUCCCCCCAGAGCAGGCACCGCCCACACUGCAGAGGAGAUGGGCAGGGCUUGGGCCCAGGAGGCGGAGGUGGAGUCACCUCUGCAUAGACCAUCCUGCUCCUGCCCUCGAGGAGCCUCCCCAUGGAAUGUCAGGGAGGACCAUGUGUUGCCCCAUCCUUCACACCCAGGGACUUGGAAGGGUCAGAGAUCCCAAACUUAGAGACUGAAGUCUAAGACGGACGGGUGGUCUUUGAUAUGCAGCCUGGAAUCUGAGGCCUGUGGAAGAGAAGGUGUUUUCUAGGGUCACACAGCUGUUGAGACCAAGCAGAGCUGGCCUUGGAGCCCACGUCUGCUGAGUCGCAGAUUCAGGUCUCCCUGUUGCCCUAGGGAAGCUUAAGCCUUUCGCCUUCCUGGGGACAUUCACUUGGGUGGAUGGGUGCCUGCUGGACAAAGGGAUGGCCAGAUGGAUAACUGGAAGGAUGGAUGCAUGCGUGAGUGGAUGGAAGGAGGAGGUGUAGAUGGGCGGGUGGCUGGGUGGAUGGAAGGAUGAGGUGUAGACGGACGGGUGGCUGGGUGGAUGGAAGGAGGAAGGUGUAGAUGGAUGGGUGGCUGGGUGGCUGGGUGGCUGGAAGGAUGAGAUGUAGACAGGUGGGUGGCUGGGUGGAUGGAAGGAUGAGGUGUAGAUGGACGGGUGGCUGGGUGGAUGGAAGGAUGAGGUGUAGAUGGACGGGUGGCUGGGUGGAUGGAAGGAAAGUAUAGACAGAUGGGUGGCUGGGUGGAUGGAAGGAUGAGGUGUAGGCGGACGGGUGGCUGGGUGGAUGGAAGGAUGAGGUGUAGAUGGACGGGUGGCUGGGUGGAUGGAAGGAUGAGGUGUAGGCGGACGGGUGGAUGGGUGGAUGGAAGGAUGAGGUGUAGACGGACGGGUGGCUGGGUGGAUGGAAGGAUGAGAUGUAGAUGGACGGGUGGAUGGGUGGGUGGAAGGAGGAAGGUGUAGACAGACGGGUGGCUGGGUGGAUGGAAGGAUGAGGUGUAGACGGACGGGUGGAUGGGUGGAUGGAAGGAGGAAGGUGUAGACGGACAGCUGGCUGGGUGGAUAGAAGGAUGAGGUGUAGAUGGACGGGUGGCUGGGUGGAUGGAAGGAUGAGGUGUAGACGGACGGGAUGGAAGGAUGAGGUGUAGAUGGACGGGUGACUGGGUAGAUGGAAGGAGGAAGGUGUAGACGGGCGGGUGGCUGGGUGGAUGGAAGGAUGAGGUGUAGACCAACAGGUAGACAGAGACUGCAUGGAUAAAUGGGUGAAUAGUCUGAUGGAUGAAUGAACAGAAGGAAGGGAAGGAGGAUGGAAGGGGUAUGGCUGGCCAGUGGUGAACACAUAGAUGGACAGAUAGAUGAGUGGAUGAAGGGGUAUGUGUGUGUGGAGGAAUAAACAUGUGGGUGGCAGAUGGCAGGCAGACCUGCGGGCAGCUGGCUGACCACAGGGCAGUCGGAGGAUGAACACAGGUAGUGUCGUGGUAGCUGGGGAUGCAGGCUGCACUUGGACAGGCCAUGGCUUCCAUCCCAGCAUCACUAGAGUAAAUGUGCCCAUCUGUGGGUCUUUUUCCUCAUCUCUCAAAUGGGUGCAGCUCCCACUGCAGAGGGCCAUCGUGAGACCCAAACAACCCCAGGUUCAGAGGCCUCCAUGGACACUCUCCCUGUGCCUCCCUCACGUCCUGGAUCACUGGGUCUUGGAUGUGCAGGCUGACCUUUUCCUCUUUCCCUC